GUCCAUUGAACAUACUGCUAGAUGUGGGGAGACGAGAAUCGGCUUUGGAUCUCUUUAUAUUUUUCACCUCUUGGAGCCACAAGUUGACUGUUGUCAUUGGACAAGCAAUGGGACCUGUUCGGAGUUUGUUCCCGUCAUUCAUUUUCCUCUUGUGCUGCUCAUUCAGAGAGGGGUCAAGCUCCUCCUUUCCCAGUUUCAUUGUGUCAGAUACAUCUCUUACUCACCUAGCCGUGCACAGGGACACUGGAGAUGUCUACGUUGGGGCAGUAAAUAGAGUAUACCGGCUUUCAGACAAUUUGACAGAACUCCGUUCACAUUUGACUGGCCCUAUUGAAGAUAACACCCGCUGCUACCCCCCACCAAGUGUUCGUGCCUGUGCCCACAAGCUUUCUUUGUCUGACAAUGUAAACAGACUUCUUCUUAUAGACUACACAGGGCAACGUGUGGUUGCCUGUGGCAGUGUAUGGCAAGGAAUUUGCCAAUUCCUUCGACUCGAUGAUCUCUUCAAAUUGGGUGAGCCUCAUCAUCGCAAGGAGCACUACCUGUCAGGAGCUCGUGAGCCUGACUCCAUGGCUGGCGUUAUUGUCGAGCAAGAUCACGAGCAGAGUAAACUUUUCAUUGGCACAUCCAUUGAUGGCAAGUCUGAGUAUUUCCCCACUUUAUCUAGUCGCAAGCUUGUAAGAGAUGUGGAGAACUCAGAGAUGUUUCGUUUAGUGUACCAGGAUGAAUUUGUUUCCUCCCAGAUCAAAGUCCCCUCUGACACACUUUCCCUUCACCCCUCUUUUGAUAUUUAUUAUGUGUAUGGCUUUGUUAGUGGUGGAUUUGUCUACUUCCUGACGCUUCAGCUGGACACUCAGCAGACAUUACUGGAUGCAACUGGUGAGAAGUUCUUCACGUCAAAGAUUGUGCGCAUGUGUUCGGGAGACCCAGAGUUUUACUCGUAUGUAGAGUUCCCUAUUGGCUGCAUGAAGGAUGGAGUGGAAUAUAGACUCAUCCAGAGUGCGUACCUCAGCCGACCGGGGCGAAAGCUGGCCCUGGAACUGGAGAUAGCGGAGGAUGAAGAAGUGCUGUACACAGUGUUCUCACAGGGGCAGAAAAACCGGUCAAAUCCUCCCCGGGAGUCUGUGCUUUGCCUUUUCACCCUCAGUCAGAUUAACAAACGCAUCAAGGAGCGUAUCCAAUCCUGCUACCGUGGAGAGGGGCGUCUGUCCCUGCCUUGGCUACUAAACAAAGAGCUUCACUGUAUCAAUACG